CUUUGUUUGUUAUAAUUUAUUUAUUGUUAUUAUUUUAAUUUUUUUUAUUUUUUUUAUAUUUUUUAUAUUUUUUAUUUUUAUCUAUAUUAUAUAUUUAAAUAUAAAUUUUAUAUAAAAAAAAUUAAUAAUUAAUAUUAUUAAUUUUAAUAAUAUAUAAAUUAAGAAUCAUGUCACACAUUGAUCGUAUUAAUGUUCUUGCAAAUCAUCUCUCAAAAGAAGAGGAAGAGGAAGAAGAAUUAAUUGUUUCACCAGUUUCUGCAGCUAAUAAAAAAGAAACUAUUUCAGUUACUGACAAUAGAACUGGUAAAAAUUUCGAAUUCAAAAUCAAAAAUGGUACAGUAAAUGCAACCAAUUUUAAACAACUUUCAGAAAAUAAGGAAGAUGGUGGUUUAAUGAUUUAUGACCCAGGUUUCCAAAAUACUGCUGUUGUUACAUCAUAUAUCACAUAUAUUGAUGGUGAUAAAGGUAUUUUAAGAUACAGAGGUUAUCCAAUUGAAGAGUUAGCAGAAAGAUCAACUUUCUUAGAGGUUGCUUAUUUAUUAAUUAAUGGCAAUUUACCAAAUAAAUCUCAAUUAGAUGGUUGGAGCCACAAAAUUAUGACUCAUACUUUUCUUCAUGAAAAUUUAGUUGGUCUUAUGAAAACUUUCAGAUAUGAUGCUCAUCCAAUGGGUAUGUUGAUUAGUACUGUAGCUGCUCUUGGUACUUUUUAUCCAGAAUCUAACCCAGCUUUAGCUGGUCAAGAUAUUUUUAAAAGUGAAAGUGCUAGAAAUAAACAAAUUUAUAGAAUUGUUGGUAAAUUACCAACUAUUGCAGCUUGUGCAUGGAGACAUCGUAUUGGUCGUCCAUAUAAUACACCAGUCAAUCAUUUAGGUUAUACCGAAAACUUUUUAUAUAUGCUUGAUAAAUUAUCAGAAAAUGACUAUAAACCAAAUCCAGUUUUAUGCCGUGCUUUAGAAAUUUUAUUCAUUUUACAUGCCGAUCACGAACUCAAUUGCUCAACUGCUGCCAUGAGACACAUCUCAUCAUCAGGUACUGAUCCAUACACAUCAGUUGCAGGUGCUGCCGGUGCUUUAUAUGGUCCACUCCAUGGUGGUGCUAACGAAGCUGUAUUAGAUAUGUUGGUUCAUAUUGGUACCAAAGAAAAUAUCCCACAAUUCAUUGCUGAUGUCAAAGCCAAGAAGAAGAAAUUAAUGGGUUUCGGUCAUCGUAUCUAUAAGAACUACGAUCCACGUGCUAAGAUUAUUAGAAGAGUAGCUUACGAAGUCUUUGAAUCACUUGGUAAAGAACCAUUAAUCGAAGUUGCCACCGAACUCGAAAAACAAGCUCUCUCUGAUGAAUACUUUGUCAGUAGAAAAUUAUACCCAAAUGUAGAUUUCUACAGUGGUCUCAUUUAUAAAGCUAUGGGUUUCCCAACUGAUAUGUUCCCAGUUCUUUUCACUAUUCCACGUGCUGUUGGUUGGUUAGCUCAUUGGGUAGAACAUCUUGAAGAUCCAGAAACUAAAAUCUAUAGACCAAGACAAGUUUACAAGGGUGAAUGGUUUAGAAAUUAUGUUCCAAUUGAAGGUAGACCACCAGCUAAAGUUCGUUCACAAGAUUCUUAUUCAUCUUCAACAACUAAAAGAUAUUCAAAAUUAACUCAUUAAAAAAAACACUAUAACAAUAAACACUAAUUAGGAAAGAAAAACAAAAAAAACAAAAAAAAAAAAAAACAAAAAAAAGAAAACAACAAAAAAAAUAAUUUUUUUUAAAAAUAAAAUGUAAUUAUUGUAAAACU